ACCGUAAAUUGUAGUAUCAGACACUCAUAAACCGCGUAAACCUCUCUUCAAUUCAUCUUUCCUGAGCCAUGAGACGUUUCACAGUCCCCUGUAUCUUACGCCACCGAAUCUCAAUUCUUUCCGGCGCCGGCUAUUCUCCUGCCGCCGCUCGUCUUUCCUCUUUAGCACAAACAUCAACUCCCGAGUCAGUAUUACCGCCGAUAACUUCUGAAAUUUUGCUCGAGUCGAUAAGAUCUUCUCAGUGGCAUAUCGUCGAACACGUUGCAGACAAACUCACACCUUCGCUUGUAUCUACAACUCUACUCAGCCUCGUCAAGACUCCUAAUUUAGCCUUCAAUUUCGUCAACCACAUCGACCUUUAUCGCCUGGACUUUCAAACACAGUGUCUAGCCAUCGCUGUCAUCUCCAAGCUCUCUUCUCCAAAACCCGUUACUCAGUUACUGAAAGAAGUCGUUACUUCUCGUAAGAACUCAAUAAGAAACCUUUUCGAUGAAUUAGUGCUUGCCCAUGAUCGAUUAGAGACGAAAAGCACGAUUCUUUUCGAUCUCUUAGUCAGAUGUUGUUGUCAAUUGAGAAUGGUUGAUGAAGCCAUAGAGUGCUUUUACUUGAUGAAGGAGAAAGGUUUUUAUCCCAAAACUGAAACUUGUAAUCACAUUUUGACUUUGUUAUCAAGGUUGAAUCGUAUAGAGAACGCUUGGGUCUUCUAUGCUGAUAUGUAUAGGAUGGAGAUUAAAUCGAAUGUGUACACUUUCAAUAUAAUGAUCAAUGUAUUGUGUAAGGAAGGGAAGUUGAAGAAGGCUAAGGGUUUUUUAGGUAUCAUGGAGGUUUUUGGGAUUAAGCCAACUAUAGUGACUUACAACACUCUUGUUCAAGGGUUUUCUUUGAGAGGACGAAUCGAAGGAGCUCGUUUGAUUAUCAGUGAAAUGAAAUCUAAAGGCUUUCAACCAGAUAUGCAGACGUAUAAUCCGAUUCUGUCUUGGAUGUGUAAUGAAGGAAGAGCUUCUGAGGUGUUGAGGGAGAUGAAGGAGAUUGGGUUGGUUCCGGAUUCUGUUUCGUACAAUAUUUUGAUCCGUGGUUGUAGUAACAAUGGGGAUUUGGAGAUGGCUUUUGCUUACAGGGAUGAGAUGGUGAAACAAGGUAUGGUGCCGACGUUUUAUACUUACAACACGUUGAUACAUGGUUUGUUUAUGGAGAAUAAGAUAGAAGCUGCUGAGAUAUUGAUUAGGGAGAUUAGAGAGAAGGGUAUAGUUUUGGAUUCUGUCACUUACAAUAUACUGAUAAAUGGUUAUUGCCAGCAUGGAGAUGCAAAGAAAGCAUUUGCUUUGCAUGACGAAAUGAUGACCGAUGGAAUUCAGCCUACGCAGUUUACUUAUACGUCGCUUAUUUAUGUCCUGUGUAGAAAAAAUAAAACGAGGGAAGCGGAUGAGUUGUUUGAGAAAGUUGUGGGAAAGGGAAUGAAGCCUGAUCUUGUGAUGAUGAAUACCUUGAUGGAUGGUCACUGUGCUAUAGGCAACAUGGACCGUGCAUUUUCGCUUCUUAAAGAGAUGGACAUGAUGAGUAUCAAUCCUGAUGAUGUGACAUACAAUUGUUUGAUGCGAGGGCUAUGUGGAGAAGGGAAAUUUGAGGAAGCUCGUGAGCUGAUGGGAGAGAUGAAGAGAAGAGGAAUCAAACCUGACCACAUUAGUUACAACACUCUAAUAAGUGGGUAUAGUAAGAAAGGGGAUACAAAGCAUGCUUUCAUGGUUCGUGAUGAGAUGUUGAGUCUCGGGUUUAAUCCUACUCUUCUCACUUACAAUGCUCUGUUAAAAGGUUUGAGUAAAAACCAGGAGGGUGAACUAGCAGAGGAGCUGCUAAGGGAAAUGAAAAGUGAAGGCAUCGUUCCUAAUGACAGCUCCUUUUGCUCUGUCAUUGAGGCAAUGUCUAAUUUGGAUGCAAAAAAAUCUGAUAGUUGAAAAAUUGUUGGUUUCUUGAAAAGCUUCUGUUAUGAAUCUGUUGUUAAUCAUGUCACGAGUUAGUGUUAUCCUUUAGAUCAGACUUAUACUUUGACUUGAGCUCUGUGAAUUGGGAACUUACGUCAGAAUAGCCAACCGCAAUAUAAUGCUAUGUUCAAUGAAUU